AUGCCAGCCCAGCCUGUAACACAUGUCGAAUAUGAAAGACCGGAGCCCUAUGCAGAGGAUGUUAGUCUAGAUGAAGUAAAAAGUGCUAUAAUUGGCCUGAAAAAUUGGAAAGCACCGGGUACAGAUAAUAUUCCAACAGAACUCAUUAAAUAUGGAGGCGAGGAGCUACAUGUAGUAAUAUACAGACUGUGCCAGCAAAUAUGUAUGGAAGAACGGGUACCGGAUAGCUGGAAUGAGGCAAUCAUUAUACCAUUGUACAAAAAAGGAGAUAAGACAAAAUGUGAUAAUUAUAGAGGGAUAUCGCUCUUGAACUCUGCGUACAAGGUCUUCUCUAUAAUCUUACUAAAUCGCAUGGUCCCUUAUGUGGAGGACUGUUUAGGUGAAUAUAAAUGUGGUUUCCGAAAAGGACGUUCAACCACGGAACAACUAUCCGUAAUAGGCCAAAUAAUUGAAAAGAGAUACGAAUAUCGGCAGAAUAUGUGGCAAUUUUUAUAG